GGUUAUAUGGGGGGAACUAGGACAGGUAUAUACAGCGGGCUUAGCAGUCAGAACCCUCAGUCCCAAGUCUCUUACUUACUUGUGUUUUACGUCCAAAACAAUAUAAGUCAACAUGCUACGCGUGUUAGCACUCCUUGUGCUAGGAGUCGUCAUGGUUUCGGCGCAGAGGCGACUGGCUCUUCCAGACCCGAGAAGUUGUGCUAACAGGGUAAGACACUCGACGUACAGAGAUGCGAGAGGGGUGGCUCAUUCGUACUUCUUCAGUUGGGAACACGCUCCGACCAGGAGUCUGGAAGUCGACUGGCUCGACGCCAGGAACAUUUGCAGAAGACACUGCAUGGAUGCCGUCUCUCUCGAGACCCCGCAAGAAAACGAAUUCAUCAAACAAAGGAUAGUCAGAGGAAACGUAAGGUACAUCUGGACAUCUGGAAGGAAAUGCAACUUCAACGGUUGUGACAGACCCGACCUCCAGCCCGCCAACGUCAACGGAUGGUUCUGGUCCGGCUCUGGAGCCAAGAUCGGCCCUACGACCCAGAGGAACACCGGUGACUGGAGUCACACCGGAGGAUACGGACAGGCCCAGCCGGACAACAGAGAAGCACCUCAGGGAAAUGACGAAUCUUGCUUGGCCAUCUUGAACAACUUCUACCAAGAUGGAGUGAAGUGGCACGACGUCGCUUGUCACCACUUGAAGCCCUUCGUCUGCGAAGACUCCGACGAACUUCUCAACUUCGUCCGCAGCCGUAAUCCCGGAAUCCGUCUUUAAACGAAACUCGUACCAAUUGAAAACCCACCCUGUCCAAAUGUACAUUCAAGCCCCUUCUAGUUUUUAAAUGUCUCUAGAUUUAUCUUUGUAUUAUUUAUCAACUUUUAUUUGCAACUUUUGUAUGUAAACAACUUUUAAAUUAUAUUUUACUAUUAAA